GGCGACUGAUAUUGUUUUAUAUUUUAAUUGUAAUCCAACCCCCCCCAAAAAAUAAACAAAAGUUUUUAAACAGUGGGCCUACCCCAGAUGCGUUUACAACUUAAUUUAAAUUGGCGGUUUUUCCGACCGUACAUGAAGUCAGCACAAACUCCUGAUCCGCCUCCCAACAAGGAGGAACUUUUCCUUCUGAGUUCCGCUGAAGCGACGGGGACGUGGGAUGUAUGGGAUGGUGGUCAAACAGUGGACAAAAAUGUCAAGAAAGUGGGAGUUGUGAGCUAUAACAAAUAUCAUUUCCUUAUUAAACGAUAAGGAAAACAUGGCAAAUUCAAACUCUUCCGAUGCGGCUGUUCCGAUGACCUCUCAGCCUCACAGCGCUGAGAUCAUUGAAAAUCCACUCCGGACCUAUCUUCUGGGAAUCAUAAUCUCCAUUUGUGGGAAUGUCCUCAUCAGCAUCUCACUCAACAUACAGAAAUAUGCCCACGUCCGUCAGUCUCAGCGUGGCUCCAAGCCCUACUACACCUCUGUGAUGUGGUGGUGCGGCGUGGCUCUCAUGGGAGUCGGGGAGCUGGGGAACUUUGCUGCUUACGGCUUUGCCCCAGCAUCACUCAUAGCCCCACUAGGCUGUGUGUCUGUCAUAGCCAGCGCUAUCAUAUCUGUGGUGUUUCUCAAGGAGACGCUGCGUGCCUCUGACAUUGUUGGUGGCACCCUGGCAAUAACAGGAACGUAUGUCCUGGUGAACUUUGCCCCCCACACUACCACACACAUCACAGCCCAUCUGGUCCAGUACUACGCCAUCAGCUGGCAUUUCCUGCUUUACCUUUUAUUAGAGGUCCUCCUCUUUUGUAUCCUGCUCUAUCUGUACAAGAGGAGGAAUGUGAAGCACAUCGUCAUUGUGAUUCUGCUGGUGGCCCUGCUAGCCUCUCUGACAGUCAUCUCAGUCAAAGCUGUGUCGGGGAUGAUCACAGAGUCAAUAAAAGGUCAGCUGCAGCUCAUCUAUCCCAUCUUCUACGUCAUGCUGGUCGUCAUGAUUGCCUCCUGCGCCUUCCAGAUCAAAUUUCUCAAUCAGGCAAUGAAAAUGUUCGAUGCCACAGAGGUGGUUCCUAUCAACUUUGUAUUUUUCACCGCAAGUGCUAUCGUUGCAGGGAUAGUAUUUUACCAGGAAUUUGAAGGCUUGGCUUUACUUAACAUUUUUAUGUUUCUUCUUGGGUGUCUGCUGUCUUUCCUUGGAGUUUUCCUGAUAGCCCGAAACCGGCCAAAAAUAAAGCAACAAGAUCCCAAUUUUAUCACAAUGGAUAAGAUUCCUGGGAGUAGUCACACAGACAAAGUGCAGCCCGAGGCAAAGACAUACGGAUCGCUGGCAGCCAAACUAAUGUGCAACAGAGCCGGCCAAACAGACGAUUCAUAGGACCAGCUCCAUCUGUUGGGACUGUAUUUUUGGUGGAUUUGUGUGUAUGCAUCCUUCCUCCUGGGUGCUUCAAUAAUAUCUCUAUUUAUAGAAAUGAAUGGUAGGCAUCAAUUCAAACCAGUACCAGCUAAGUGGCAGUAUUAGGGGCCACAUUGGUCUUACACGUUAUGUCAAAAAUGGCAGUGAUUCCAGCACGGCUGUCAGGAAUAACUGAUGAGGGAAAAUUAUCUUUAAAACGGAAAAACACCUCAGAAUCACAGUGCCAAAUCAAAUUCCCUACUAGCAAUAAAAUGUAUUUUCUUUUUGUUUAAAAGCUCCAGGCUACUGUGACAAAUGCCUUCCAAUAUAACAUGAGUGUGUAUAUAUAAUGUAUAGUGUAUAAUGUAAAAAAUAUAUAAUGUACUCAUGUUAUAUGGGAAAUAUAUAUGUGAUAUGAUGUGUUAAUCAAUUGGGAUCUUUAGCCAAUAAAUAAGGACAAAAUUA